UUGUUUUGCCUUUGACCCGGCGCGGGACCAUCUUGCCCAAACACAAGUACUUAUUAGUAAUCGCAGUUGUCUGGUUAACCUGGCUGGCUGCAGUCUGCUUGGGUCUGUGUGAAUUCCUCGCGGUGGAAUCAUUAAGCGCGCGGCGACACCAACCAAUUUAACUGGUCAACCGUUGCAAAUUGGUUUUACAUCCCGAUUUUGACCACAAUGUGUGAAACGGUUGGUUGUAACUAGAUCUAGCCCAUUUCGUUGGUGGAAAAUAGCUAGGAAUCGCCAAGACAAAGAGCACACACUUUCAACAAGUCUCAUCGGCAGGAGCCGUUGUGGGAGCCCAUCCAGGAGCGUACAGAAGAUUGUGUUGCAAACGCUCUCUGACGUCUUUGCUUUCAAUAUCAAUGCUGGAAAAUGUAUGAGCUCUUUCAACGAGACAUUGUGAGGGAAUAACAACCUCCGACUGACUCGUUUCUUCUGUGUCAUUGUGCUUUUAAGCCAGUCUCUCCCGUCACCCCCCCCCCCAGAACUCCUUUGCUCUCCCCGGUGUUGCGUUCCCCCAUAAGCCUCCCGGCUCUCUUCUGCCGUCACUACCCUAUCCUAAUUGAUCGGUGGACUGCGACUGUCCCCAUGAAGCUGCACCUGUCCUCGGGCCUGUGUGGCAUGACCCCACGUCAGGGGUCCAUAGUGGGAGGCUUUUAUUUCUUGAUUGUGGGCGUCAUGCAAAUGGUCUUUGAGUUCGGCCAUCUGCGCACGACCAGGGAGAGCGCCCACAGCACAGUGCCCCUUCAGCCCCAGGUGUGCUUCAAUUACUACUGCUCCCUGCUCGCUCUGGGUGGCAUCACCCUGCUGCUGGCUCUGUGCAUGCUCGGGGCGGUUUGGGCACAGCAGCACGUGGGCGUCCUGGGCUUUGCGGUCUGGCUGACGCUGUAUGACGUGGCCCUGCUGGCAAUCACUUGCCUACACCAUGCACGGAUGCAGGCUUCGGGCUUGGAGCUGAGCGCCCUGGAGUGGUACGGAGUCGUGUGCAGAAUCGUGGGAGACCCCUUCUGGCUGGCCCUUGUAAUCACACACGGACUGGAGCUGCAGAUGGAGAGGCACAGGCCCGGAGGAUGCAAAGGUGGGAGUCCAAAGGAGGCGGCACGGCUGAAGCUAAAAUUUAAAGCCUUUGACAGCAGCGUUUGAAAUGGAGAACCUAACAGACAUUGGUAUGUGAACAUGACCAAAUGACUUUCAGUGCUUCCAGAUGCUGGUUUAUGCCGCAGUCUGAUGGAUAUGAUUGCUUCGGUUUCUCGCAGGUUUUUUUUUCAGAUGAUAAAAUAAAGAGG